AUGGAGAAGGAAAAAAUCUCAGUGAAAUCCAACGUUGCGGCUGCUAAUCUUCUGAGAGCGCUCCAUUCUCUCUAUCAGUUUGGUCACUUCUGCGACAUGACCAUUCACAUAGAUGGUCCUGGAAGCCAAGAGGACUUUUUCGUUCACAAAGCUGUACUGGCAGCUUCCAGCAAUUACUUUAAAAGCUUGUUCCUUAAAGACAAGAUGCUGAAUGCCAAGCAAUGCAGUGUGACACUCCAGGACGUUCGCGCCGAAGAAUUUGUCUCCUUCCUGAAGUUUGUCUACACAACAGAAGUAGAAAUCGAGGUGGACCGGCUGCACCGGAUGAAGGUGGUGGCCGAAAGAUUGGAAUGCAAGGAUCUUCUGGAUGCCUUGGAAGCAAUGAAGGCCGAGGGCCAAAAAGAGUUGGAUUUGAGUGUUCGUUUUAAAAGACCUGAAAGGUCUCUGUGGAGCCAGGCUGAACAAAGAGGAGACCGGGAACAGAGCGAAUCAUCCCAAAUUUUGGCAAAGCCUAUAAAGAGAAACCUCUGGGACAGAAAGAAGCAUGCAAAAGUGUCAACUAGCCAUGACUUCCCUGAAAGUGCAUUGGGACAGUUGAACAAAGAUGGGGUCGCUCCUGGUGAGACUGAAGAUGAGAAAGGGAUGUCACCCGGACGUUACAAGGGAGAGAAGCCGAAGGCUCCCAACAUAGGCAGCGGCACCCAAGAAGAAAACAAACCUUCAAAUCAGGUGGACUCAACGUGGGUAGUCAACAAGAUGCUUCCUGGCCAGAAGGAGGGUCAAAAUGGGUUGAUUCUUAGCAGAACAAAGCUUAGAAAAUCACCACACAGCAUAUCCAAAGUCUUGCCGCAGAUGUACGCAUGUGACAUGUGUGACCGCUCCUUCCGCUUUGCCAAACAGUACCAGUCGCACGCGGAGCUGGAGCAUGGCCUGAAUCUGGCCGUUGAGCAUAGCUGCCAUGUGUGCAGCCAGCUCAUUGCCAGCAGCCAAGACCUGAAACAGCACGGGCUCGCCGCUCACAGCAACGAGCGCCGCUUCCCUUGCUUGCUGUGCGAAAAAAAAUUUCAGCACCAGAAGGACAUUGACGGCCACAUCCGGAGGGUGCAUGCAAAGAAGCAGAGUCCCCAGAGGUGCCCCUACUGUGACAAGGUUAUCAGCUCCAAAUGCAGCUUGAUGGUUCACAUUCGAAUGCACACAGGAGAGAAGCCUUAUAAAUGCAAGUGCUGCCCGGCGAGCUUUGCUCAGAGGUCUUCCUUUAAUGCUCAUGUGAGGAAAAUACAUGAAAACUGGCAAGAUCAGAAACUCCUGCCAGGUUGCUGGAUGACAGUGCCACCAGCAGACAGAGUGGGCACAGCAGAUGGUGAAUGUAAUGUUACUAAUGAAGCGUGUGUCGAGGUACCAAACACUGACUUGCAAAGAGAAUACACGGGUGAAAAAACAUGGGCGCUUGAGAGAGAAUUGAGGAGUUUGGCUGUAGAAGCAGAGUCUGGCAAUCAAGACGAGCUGGAGCAACAUGACGAAUCUGGCGUUAAAAGGGGAAAUUUUGCGAUGGCUGUCGGAGGAGAAGAGAGAGGGAAUUCUGAGACAGACAGACAUGACAAUGGCAAUCACAAGGGGCUCUCUUUAGAUGAGGACGAUGAUUGCUUGAAUGACCCCCAUGCAGAAGAAAAUGAACUGAAUGAUGAGCGCAAAGUGAGGAAAGACACUAAAAAUAAGGUAACAAAGAGAGCAGCCUACGUUAUCACGUGCAACGAAUGUGCCGAAAAAUUUGUAUCACGUAAAAAGUAUGUCGACCAUUGCAAAGAUGUCCAUCACGCUUUGCCUGGGAAAGCGUAUCAGUGUGAUGUUUGCAACAAGUCCUUCGCUAGUUACAACAGCUGGAAGGAGCACAGAGCGUGUGUCCAUACAGAAGACAGGCAGUUUGCCUGCACACUCUGCAACGCCACCUUUAAAAGGAAGAGGGAUGUGAGAACACACUACAUGCGGAAGCAUGAAGGGCGCGUGAAGCGUCCCCUGUGCUCCGUGUGUGGGAAGAUCUUGAGUUCAAGGACGGCGCUGGUGUUUCAUAUGAGAACCCACACUGGGGAGAAGCCAUACCAGUGUGGAGUUUGCUGCUCAAGAUUUGCUCAGCCGUCACAGCUGAAGAUUCAUACCAGGUCCCAUACAGGUGAGAAGCCAUAUAUUUGUGAGGACUGUGGGGCGUGUUUUGCGGACAAAGGCAAGCUGAAUGGUCACAAGAGGACACAUACGGGAGAGCGUCUCUUUAAAUGUGAUGUGUGCGGAAAACAUUUUGCCACCAAUGAAUACUUAAAAUGCCACAAGCGUUGCCACAUGGGAGCCAAACCGUAUAAGUGUGACGUCUGUGGGAAAACGUUUGGACUGCGAGCCUCUUUAGCCCAACACAGUAAUGUUCAUGCAGAGACGCCUCCUUAUUUCUGUGAGCAGUGUGGGAAGACCUUCACUCAGCAGGGUGCCCUGAGGCGUCACCAGCGAAUUCACACUGGAGAAAAGCCGUACAAAUGCAGGGCUUGCGAGAGAACCUUCACUGACAUGUCCACCUUGAGGAGACAUGUGCUGGUCCAUGAUCGGAAUGCUCACUGGAGGAGUUUCCUAAUAGAUCUUACUGUCAAAAAGGAUCAUAACUGGUCCAAAAUAGAGACUUUGUCUAAUAUCUGUAUGGGAGAGGACUCUACACCAAUUUGGUCAGGUACACAAAGUAAAGCUUAUAAACCAGAAAGUGUGAGUGUGAAAAAGGCAGAACAUGUGUCAUGUAAUAGUGACUUAAGAGAUUCUGACCAUUCCCUCAUGUAUUUAUAACUGUCAAAA